AUGUCAUUAUUAAAAAAUGUAAAAAUUCUUAUCUAUGAUUUACCAAAUCUUCCAACGAGUGAAUUAAAUGAUUUCAUGAUACAUUGUUCAAAUAUUAGUCAUUUUGUAUCUCAAGGACAAAAAUAUCAAAAUUCUAUUCUGAUUAUAGUUUGUGCAUCGAACAAACUUUCUCAUUUAGUUCCUGAAUUAUCAACAAUAAAUUUCGAUUAUUUAUAUAUUCUAAAUAUUGGUGAAAAUAUCAAUGAUAUUAUUCAAAAUUUAUUAUUAAAAACAACAUUUGUUUUUAGUGACAAGGAGUUAAUGCGUCAUUUAUGUACAAAAACUGCACUUUGUUAUCAUAGUGAAGGUACAAAACAUAAACAAAAUGGAAAUAAUGUUAUUGCUAAUAUAUGUUUUCUGGAUUCAAUGCGUACGAUGGAAUGUGCAACCAUGUUUAUUUAA